AUGACUGCCUCUUCGAUUGACAACAACAAGGCGAUUUUCCAUUACGUGAUACCUGGCUAUGCAGCACUUGGUGGUCCUCUCCGCCUCUUGCUUGAUGAUUCUGGCGUUGAUUAUGAGUUCGAUUUGAUUGAAUGGAACGAAUUUGUUACCAAGGUCAAGUAUCAGUGGAUCGCCUCGGGGUAUCCUUUCGACCAAGCACCCAUGAUCGAGUACAAGGGCAAACGCUACAGUGGCAAUAUGCCCAUCAUGCGUUUUCUUUCCAAGAAAUUUGGCAAGUAUGUGCCAGCUGAUGAAGAUGUUGAGCAGUUUGUUGAUUGCACCUUGGAUGCUGCUAUGGAUUGGAAUCGUGCUCGCUAUAACCAUAUUAUUCGUGGAAAGGAUGGUAUUGAAGAAUACGAAAAAGACCAUCUUGAUGUGUUCUUCUCGCGCUUUGAGCGUGUGUAUAAUUACCAUGAUGAUGGCCCAUUUGCUGCAGGCAAAGAGAUUACUUAUGCCGACUUUUACGUCUUUUUUGUCAUCAAUCUUCCUCUUCACAGAGAGCGUAUCAAGAACUACCCCAAACUCGCCGAGUUUGCUGAAGUAAUGUACACACGCAAGUCGCUCCAGGCUGGUAUUGAAUACAUGAAAACAUUGCCACACCCAAAGGAUGAUUGA